AUGAGUCUUUUGGGGCACUUUUUACUAUUGGAUGAGUCUGAUGUAAAGAAGUUCUGGGAAAGCAGUACUACUGUUAUGGAAGCGUUAAAAAAAGCCAGUUUAAGUAAGGAAGAAACAGUCACAGAUGCUGACAGCAAUUCGUUUUUAGUAUUUGAGCAUGAGAAGGAUUCGAACGAUGCAACUGCUAAUCAGGAAGAUGUGAUUGUUCAAUAUACUCAUGCACAGGAAAUAUUAACCGAAUAUAUAAAAUUACAAACUCAUAAGCGAAAAAAUGAAAUUGAUAUUGAAAGGGAUGUUUUAUGUAAAAGGCAAAAAAGCGAGACGAAUAGUCCUAAUGCAGAAAAUCCGCAACUAAGAAACAAUAGUGAAAAAUCUUUCUCCGAGUCUCUUUCCUCCUCUGAUGAUAAUAAUAAAGAGCCUGAAGACGAUGAAGAAAUUAAAUUUGAUCUAACACAUUUCGAUAGAAUUGCAACAUUUCGGCAGUAUCAGAAAGAUGUUUUUAAGAAGGCGCAGAGAGAGGGUUUAAAACAUGGGAGUAUUUACGAACUCUUAGCUUUAUCAUCAAUAAUGUUGCCUGAGGAUGAGUUCGAUGAAACCGAAUUACAGGGAGAAGACGACGAUUAUGAUGUUGAAGAAUUUGAAGGAAUCGAAAUUCAAGAAGAGGAUUUAUUAACAAUGCAAGAACGCGAACGAGCUUUUGAAGAAGGCUUAUUCAACGAAGAGUUGGCUCAAAAUGAUGAUAUAACAAAAGAGUUCCAGAUAGGCUUAGAUAUGAUGGAUCAACUGACAGAUGGCAACGAGAGUGACGCAGAAGAUUCCGAGGAAAGCGAAUCAGCUUCUUCAGAAGAGGAAGACGAGGAUAGUUCUUUUGAAGAUCAGGAAGAAUUGGAUAAAAUCUUUGAGAAGUAUAGAACAUUAAUGUCGGAAUUGUCGGAGUUGGACACUAAUCUACAAAAAGAAGCAAAAAGAUCUAGAAGUCGAGACAAAUAG